AACAAUUUCUUUCCUAUUUUUCGGAACUUUUUGGAUUAGAAAUUGAUAUGGAUACGGAUAGUGCAAUGGAAGUUGAUUUAACUGGAGGCUCUGCAUCAGCAGAGCCGAGUCUACCAGAAAACAACAGCCCAGAUCUUAUGAGAGAAGGUUUCAAAUACUUCAAAAGAAGAAAGCCCCCACCUGAUCUCUCAAAUGUCAUUGACUUUGACCAAUGUGAAGCAGGAGGCUUGCAUGGGAAUGUUAAACCGUACCAAGUGCUGAUCCCAGAUGAUCGCACUGCCUUCCAAGAACUGGGAUUGGUCCACCCACAAGAAUGGAAGGCAUUCUCCUUGGAAUCACAUCCAGGUAUGAUCCUGCUACGGAACCCGUUCACCGCGGCCGGCCAGCGCCACUGGGCCGGCCGCUGCGUGCGAGACCUGCCCGGUCACCCGAACAAGACCAACCUGGACGCCCAGGGUCUGCUGCCACCUGGCGGUAACUGGUGGAAACACUGCCUCGAUGGAGUGGACUGGGAGCGUCUGAAGAAGCUGCGCUGGGUGACACUCGGGUUCCACCACGACUGGGAGACCAAGUUAUAUAACCUGUGUGACCGUUCGCCGUUCCCGUCCGACCUGGCCCGGCUGGCCUCUCUGCUGGCCGGAUGUGUCGGCUGGCCCAGCUACUCGCCCGAGGCGGCCAUCGUCAACUUUUACCACUCGGACUCGACGCUGGCGCCGCACACGGACCACUCCGAGUGGGACAUGACGGCGCCGCUCCUCUCCCUGAGUUUCGGCCAGUCGGCGGUGUUCCUGCUGGGCGGCCGGGACCGCUCCCAGGCACCUGUGGCGCUCUACCUCCGCAGCGGAGAUGUGCUGGUGAUGACCGGCCCCAGUCGGCUCAGCUACCACGCCGUGCCGCGCCUGAUGCCCGCCACAGACGCACGAUGGCACGACGGUAAGCGUAAGCUGAGUGCCGACUGCUGCGGCCAGCCGAAACUGGCCCGUGUGGCCGCCGCGGCCAACGGUGACGUCACCCACCACCGUGACGUCAUCCGGUGUGAGUGUGAGUCCGGGGGCCGCGGCGGCGGCGGCGGCACGGACCCGGUCAUAGAGUACCUGAGCCGGAGCCGGAUCAAUGUCAAUGUCAGACAGGUGUUCCCCAGGGGUCUGAUGCUCCGUCCCGAGGACCCGUGAGCUCGCGACGGAGGGGUGAGCGGGAGGGAGGGGUUGACGAGGCUGUGGGGGUCGAUGGGGUAGUUGUGAUGCGUUCUGUACCAGUCGAUUUUGAGACUGGUGGAUAAUAUUUGUACACUGCACAACUACUCAGUCAAGUGAAGGAGUUUAAACUGGCGAAACCAUGGCGGGGACCGACGGCUGCAGUUGCCGUCCUCAGAAUGACGUUUCCUCGACACCGAAUUGGCAGUGACACCUAACGCUGCUGCGUCCCUGAAAACACAUUGUUCUGAUAACAGAUUGAAAGUUCGGGAUCUGAGGACAGCUGCGGGAGUUGUAUUGCGGUGUGUUUAGUAGAGUUAGUUGGUUUUGGUCAGGUUGCGACAUGACUGACCAUCGUGUUUUCCUUGAGUGGUAGCUUUCAGUAGGUCUUCUUUCUACAAAACGCCAACUGCCGUUUUGCAGGAUGUGUGCCUUAAUGUGGCUUGUUUCGCCCUCAUGCAUAAUUGUUUUUGAGCUGCCAUCUUUGUAUGACGAAUUGCUCGACGCUUGUUCGCAUGGGGCUGGUCCCCAGACGCAGAUGUGUUAUUCUCGCUUUAUUUUAUGAUGCAUAACAUUGAUCCAUGGUUUUGUGUGCGCUUUUGGUGGCCUAUCUACGACAUUCAGAGAUGUGUCUGUCAGUGGCUCAAGGAACCCACGUAGUACGUAUAUUUUACGUGAGUAAUUUAGAGGUGCCAUUUCACUGCAGUCUCGCUUGCAUGCGACUAUGCCAUGACAAUAGCUGUGUGUGUAUUGUUAUACUUAAACGCACUAAUUUUCUGCUGCCGUUAUGACGAGUGUUUCAUCUUCUCAUCUUCGUGUUAUCGGGACAAGAGGCACGAUGUCCUGUAGGGCCCGUUCUCGCCGAUUUCCAUAACUUCACUUAGUACUCAGUCUGUUACAGGAGUGGAGUACCAGAUCGACUCCCAGUGCGCAUCCAGCCUGUUCUUAAAGACGUUGACUGAGGGCGAAUGUACAAUUUCUGCUGGAAGCCCGUUCCAAUCGUUAAUACACCGUACAGAAAAUGAAUUCAGUCUGGCACGACAGGUUGCACGAGGCUUCCGUAGUUUAAGUGUGUGACCCCGAGUUCGUCUUUCAGGAUUCGUUGCCAGAAGCUCUGAAGGAUCAGUAUCAACGUGGCCGUGCAGCAUCUUGUAUGCGUGAAUCAUAUCCAUGCGUCUACGCCGAUAAUACAGUGACGGGAGCUUCAGUCUCUUCAGCCUUUCAGGAUAUGGAAGGUGGCGGAUGCUCACCACUAACCG